UAGUAGGCAUAUACUUCAGUGUUAAUGUAACUCAACUAUGGACAUGGGUAGCCAUCUCCUCCUCACCGUUGUUGUUAGCCUCCAUGCAUUUAUGCACACUGCCAGCAGCGACGAAUUCAUCUUCAACGGCUUCUCCGAGGAAAAUCUAAAGCUGAGUGGUCAAGCUUCUAUGGUAGGCCGUGCUAUAAGGCUCAUCGGUGGCGUCACCCUGACAGAAGGGGAUGCUUUCUACAGCAGGCCCCUCGAUUUCAGUAGUAACUCCGGUGGUGGUGGAGCCUCCUUCUCAACAACUUUCGUGUUCGCCAUCAACUCUGACACCACCGAAGCUCCUGGCAUAGCCUUCGUGCUCUCUUCCACCAUGGAGCUGCAACAUCUGCACAACAACUCAUUGGUUCAGGGCCAGCUGGGUUUCGCUGAUGUAGGAGAUACAUCGCUCACCCACCGGCACUUGGUCAAGUGGCACGUGAGAUGAGCCUGAUCAGGAGAGCAUGUAACGCCUCUUGCUGGCGACACGCGUGUGUGGCCUAGGCUUGGUCACUGAUCACAGGAGCUCAUGGCGGAUACAGUUUUGUUGCUUUGUCGCCUGUAGAAGCUGGCGGGGGAAAGAACAAGUCCUAGUACUAGUUAACAAGUAGAGAAACUAUAUGCAUAUUGAUGCGAGAUAGAUAUAUAAUUUCAGAUUGGAUGGAUCUGUCUGUGUCACGAGUCAUUGGGUUGUGCAAUGUCGUUAGAAACCCGCAUCUAAGGCCUUUGUACAAUGCAUGAUGCUUAGUCGGAUAACCCAAGUUGAUGCUUAUUUUUAUAGGAGGAGUGGCUAAUUAAGCUUCUAA